AUGGACUACUUCAGGCAGGUUGUUGCAGCUUUUCUCACCAUGUCCAUGUUUCUCAUGCUUGGAAAUAUGAUCAAGAGGGAGCAUAUUGAUCCCCUGCUAAUGCCGGUUAAUGCUCCUCAAGUUUCUUUGGGUUUUCAACACAAUGUCUUCAAUGUCAAAGUUGCACAUUUAACUACUGGCUCAUCCACUGAUGCAAUGAGACCUUGCUGGAAAAAGUUUUCUGCUCUAAAAGCACAGCAGAGAGAGCAAAGUGAAGGUUAUGUACACUUCUCACUCACUAAUGGUCCUGAAUAUCAUGUCUUGCAGAUUGCCAACGCAAUUUUCAUAGCUAAGCAUCUUCGAGCUAAACUUGUUCUUCCUGAUAUACAAGGAACCAAAGGCGGUGAGAAGAGAGCCUUUGGAGAAAUCUACGACACUAAAAAGUUCAUAACAAGUUUAGAUGAAAUCAUUGAAGUGGUAAACCAAGAUCAUUCCACCACUUUUGAUGAGGAAGAACACAAAGAAAAAGACAUCGAUAUCGUUAAAAUUCCCAAAAGGGUCACCACAGAGUUCAUAAACUCAAAAAUCGAACCAAUAUUUAGGAAGAAGAAACAAGUGAGACUCAUGACAAGCACUUCACAGUAUCCAUCCCUAACAUUCAGAAGGGCUUACGAAAGAAGUGACCAUUUCACAAAUCCUUACGCAUGUUUGGCGAUUUUCGGAAGCCUAAAAUUGAAGCCAGAGCUGGAAGAAUUGGUGGAAAUGAUGGUUAGAACACUCCAGUUUCUGAGCUUGAAAUCAUCUGGAGGGCAGUUUGUUGCUGUGGAUUUGAGGGUUGAGGAGUUGGAAAAAAACAAGAUGAUGAUGAUGAGUUGCAAAAAGAAUGACACUUCGGGAGCAACAAACAAGCAGUCUUCUUGUUUUGGUGCCAAAGAGAUUGGACAGUGGAUGAAGAAGAUUGGUUUUGGGAAGGAUGCAACAAUCUACAUAACUCAGACUGGAUGGCACAAAAGCCUUCAACCAUUUAGAGAAUAUUAUCCAAAUAUCUUCACCAAGGAUUCCCUAAUGCCUCUUGAUAUGAGGGCAAGGUAUCUGAACUCCAACAAUUUCCAGUACGACAAAUACAUUGACUUUUAUCUCAGCGUCAAGAGCAACGUUUUUGUGCCAACAUCUUCAAACUUGUUCUAUGCUAGUGUUUCUGGGCUGAGAAUUGCUUCUGGUAAUACCCAAAUCAUUGCUCCUCCAGGAAGAAGAUCAAUAUCAUCGUCUUCUUCACCACUUUCUUCCGAAGCAGAUAUGAAUUAUCUUUCGCCUUACGUUUUAAACAAAACCCACAUUGCCUAUUCAUGUUUAUGCUAA